GACUAUUGGCCGACGAUCUUGAUCAGUUGCAGUUGGCUGAGGAGCUGGAGCAGCAGGGGGCUAUUCUUGAAGAGCUUCAGAGGUUGUUAGCUCUUCAGGCAGAAGAGCAGAAGCUUGCAGAGAUGUUGGCUGCAUUGCAUGAUCAAGAUGGGGCCGAUCACCAGGAUACGCUGCCGUACGACCUUGCCGACUCGCUUGCUGCUGAGAGGUCUAUGGAGAAGGCUUCCGGCCCCGGAGUCGUGGUGCACGAGAAGCAAGGGGAUGGGCAAGAUGUUCGCAGAGAGCUGUUCCCACCCGUCCCCACGGUAGAGGAGCUGAAUGCAAGCAUCGCAGAAGCACCAGGGGUUUUGCUAGCAGACGAAAUCCUGCCCGAAAGCGGCAUCUCUGAAGCACCCGAAGACUCAGCAGAUGAAGUCAUGCAGGAGACCAGCAUCGCAGAAGGACUCCAAGACACCGUAGCAGAUGAAGUCACGCACGAGACCAGCAUCGCAGAAGGACCCGCAGACACCGUAGCAGAUGAAGUCAUGCAGGAGACCAGCAUCGCAGAAGGGCCCGAAGACUCAGCAGAUGAAGUCAUGCACGAGACCAGCAUCGCAGAAGGACCCGAAAACACCGUAGCAGAUGAAGUCGAGCAAGAGACCAGCAUCGCAGAAGGACCCGAAGACACCCGAGCAGAUGAGAUCAUGCCCGAGAGCCACAUCGCCGAAGCACCCGAAGACCCAUUAGCAGAUGACAUCAUGCCCGAGAGCCGCAUCGCCGAAGCACCCGAAGACUCAGUCAUGGCCGACAGCACCAAUUUGGUAGAGGCAUCCUGCACAGAGACAGAGCCCGAAUCUUGCGAGGAUCAUACAAAGCAUUACGAAUGCAUCGCUCCAGGCACAGACAGCAUGGGUUCCAAGCCAGCUUUGAGGCGAAGUGAUCGAGUUCGCCCCUCAAUCCUGGAUGGUCUGGCGGCUAUUUCGCCGGCAGAGCAGAACAAGCUGGCUCGCCCCAAGAAGGGCAAAGCCGAUGGGGAUGACGAGGAUUCUGCCGAAGCUCCCAAGUCCCGGGGCAGAGGUCGGGGCCGAGGUGGAAGAGGUCGGGGCCGAGGGCGAGGCCGGGGAACGAAGAAGCCCGAUGCAAUGGACGAGGCGGACAAAGCUGGUGGGCCCAAGAGAAAGCUUGGGGGUCGGGGCGACGACGAAGACGACGAGCCAGCUGCCCACGCAUGCAAAGCCAAGCCGAAGGGUGACCUGGCUUGUUGGCUCUUCUGCUUUCCACAAGAGGAUGCUGGGCGAGGAGCACCAAGUGUGGACCCGAAGCAGGCAGCAACAGCCCCGAAAGUUUCCACAGGAAGACCACGUGUGGAUCCGAAGCAAGCAGAAGCCCCGACGGUUUCCACAGGAGCACCAGCCGUGGACCCGCAGCAAGCAGCAGCCCCCAAAGUUUCCGCAGCACCAGUCGUGAACCCGAAGCAAGCAGCAGGCCCCAAAGUUUCCGCAACAGCACCAGUCGUGAACCCGAAGCAAGCAGCAGAAGGCCCGAAAGUUUCCACAGCAGCACCACCCAGGAACCCGAAGCAAGCAGGUGCAGCCCCGAAAGUUUCCACAGCAGCACCGGCCGGGAACCCGAAGCAAGCAGCCCCGAAAGUUUCCGCAGCCGUGAACCCGGAGCAAGCAGCAGCCUCCGAAGUUUCCGCAGCAGCACCACAUGAGAACCCGAAGCAAGCAGCCCCCGAAGUUUCCUCUAAGGAAGCAGUCCCGGAAGCUACUCGAGGAUCCAGCUUCGAUAGUGCUUGGAGGUAUUGUGCGACCUUGCCCAACACCCCACUAGACAAGCCUCAGUCGGACCACGCCGAGAAGAGUCCACCUGGCCAGAAGCACAGGCAGAUGGCAGACAACAGCUUUGCCUGGGCAGCGAGCAAAGGCAGGCUGAGAACAAACGAAGUGCAUAAGACCGAGGAGGCCAAACUGAUCAUCGAAGAGAAGUUUGUGAACCGCACCGAACGAGGAUCCAAGAAGACUAUGUCUGCUGAAGGCGAAGAUGAAGACGGCUAUAUUAUGGACGAUGAUGUUCCCGGUGCCGAAGCCGACGACAUCGUGCACAAGCCUUCGGAUGGUGCCCCCUCAUCCAAGAGCAGGCCGUCCGUCCUGCAAGGAGAAGCUGAAGAAGAUGAAUAA